UUCUGUCCGAUGGUCCCUGAAGGCAACGCCGGGCUUGUUUGGGUCCUGAGGGGCUGUGUCGCAGCCAUCCAAUCAGGGAAGAGAAGGGGACGCAGGCAUGUCAUGUGACCCCUCCCUGCCCGUCGCGCCCACCUCCCCGAUGUUGUGAGCGCCUCCCGCAGCGUGACCCGCCGCCUGCCCGCGAACAGACUGCUGCUGCUCUGCGUCCGCUGCGAAGCUCCUGCGACACCCGCGCGUUACCGACAGUAAACGAAAAACGAAAACGGCACCCCCCCUCCGUGCUCCAUACUGAGAUAAAUAACCGAAGUACACCCUCCCGGGGCUGCGUUUGCCUUCUCUGUUUCUUAAAAAAAAAAAAAAUGAAAACUAAAUUCAUCAACGGGGUUUCUUCUUCCCCCUCCAUGUCGCUGGGUCUGCUGGUGACCGAGAAUGCCCUGCAGGUCCAGCCAGACACCCAGGAGGACUGCAAGGAGCUGGUCUGCUCCGAUCAGCCCGACCCAGACACUCGGAGGAAGGCUUAUCUGUGGUGCAGGGAUUUCCUGCACGGAGCCUGGAAGAGCCUGGCUGAGGACCUGUUCCAGAUCACCAUCAUAAGGGGUGGUCUGAGCAACAAGCUCUUCCUGUGCAGCCUCCCCGACAGCCUGGACUGUGUUGGGGACGAGCCGAGGAGCAUCCUGCUGCGCCUCUAUGGGGCCAUCCUGCAGAUGUCCUGUAAUAAAGGAGAUUCUCGAGAGUCAAACAAAGAAAAUCACUUCCAAGGGGCCGAAGCCAUGGUGCUGGAGAGUGUAAUGUUUGCCAUCUUGGCUGAGAGGGAGCUCGGACCAAAACUCUACGGCAUUUUCCCUCAGGGUCGCCUGGAGCAGUACGUCCCUAGCCGUAAACUGGACACCUGCGAGCUGAGCGACUCCAGCAUCUCUGCAGAGGUUGCAGAGAAGAUGGCCAGGUUUCAUGGGAUGCGGAUGCCCUUCAACAAGGAGCCAAAGUGGCUCUUUGGAACUAUGGACAAGUACCUGAGCCAGGUGAUGAGGCUGAACUUCACCAGAGAGUCGCAGCUGCGUCGCUUCAACCGCCUGCUCAGCUAUAACCUCCCGCAGGAGAUGGAAAUGCUCAAGUCUCUGCUGAAGUCCACUCAUUCUCCUGUGGUGUUCUGCCACAACGACUGUCAGGAAGGAAACAUCCUGCUGCUGAAGGGCCGCCAGAGCUCAGACAAACAGAAGCUGAUGCUCAUUGACUUUGAAUACAGCAGUUACAACUACAGGGGCUUCGACAUUGGGAACCACUUCUGUGAGUGGAUGUACGACUACAACUGCGAUGAGUUUCCUUUCUUUAAAGUCAGCGCCCAGAACUACCCUUCAAAGCCCCAGCAGCUUCACUUCAUUGAAAGCUACCUGCGUGAGUUCGAUCAAGGGUUCGACAACCUGGGCGUGGAGGACCAAAGGAAGCUGAAGGAAGAGCUGUACGUGGAGGUCAACAGGUUCGCUCUGGCGUCUCACUUCUUUUGGGGUUUGUGGUCCAUCAUCCAGGCUCAGCUGUCCACCAUCAAAUUUGGAUACCUCGACUACGCACAGGCCAGGUUUGAGGCGUACUUCCAGCAGAAGAAGACCUGGGCCGUGUAAAGGAAGGGAGGCGGCGAAUUUUCUGACGGCGUGUUCGGCCAUAUCGUCGGGCGGAGGACGCACGGGCCAAUCACGUUUCGGCGAUCUGCGCUUUACACUCCCUGCUCGCUGGUAUCUGCUGGCUCCUGUUGGUGUUGUGUUGACUGAAGCCAAACCUUGAUCAUGUGGCUAGUAGGUGCUUCAAAUAUGCCCCACAAUCAUUGCAGCUCAAAGUUUACGCUGUGUAACUAUCUGAAGGCCAAAAAAAGAAAAACACUGACUUGCACUAACCUUCAUAAGUGGUCAGACGUUUGCUUCUGCAGAGUUUGAACCGUAUCACUAAUAUUGAGGUUUUGAGCCGGAGAUCACAAAAUGUUAGCAUUGAUCAGUGUGUAUGUACCAUCAUUCCCUGCUGGAAGUGCUGCGUGGGAAAGGCUCCGAACCGGAACUCCUCUGGGGAGAUCGAUAACUGAUCAUCACCAGUUGUAUAUUUGAUAUAGAGCUCAGCCUCCCAGCAGCCCGGUCCUGUUACUGAUGGGCCGGCUCAGAUAGAUAUUUCACACUUGAUGUUUGAUUUGAUUUUCUUUUAAUGGUUGUGGUUUACAUCAUCUUCAGGCCAGGGCAAAUACAGUUCUUCUGAAUUUCUAAACAUGUGAAUAGUUCUCAUAAAAUCCGCGAUAUCUAAUGUCAGGUGUCUUCAUUACAAUAGGACUGACACCGAGUAGCUUCUUCUGAUAAUUCUUUAACUUUGCUCAGUUUUUUAAGGGACGGGGGUGUGGUGGCUUUAUGUGAUUAUGGAUCACUGUGACAGCCGCACACAGUGGGUCUUAUUGUCUAAUUUAGCCUUGUUGUUGCUGCAUUGACGAAAGCUUCACACUCGACAAUGGCUCCUUAUUGUGGGAAUGGAUUCUUUGGUGAUGUCACUGGUGUUUUGGUGCCUGCUGCCAUGCUGCCUCAUCAUCAUAGCCCGAAUCCAGAAUAAUAAUGCUGAUGGUCAUGUGGACUCUGACGUCGUGCACAUGUAAGUAAGAAAGGCAGCAGCGGGACAGGAACUCUGUCCUCCGUCCGUCAGGCUCUGCUGUCGCCCUGCAGAGGAUAACGGUUCGAUAUCGAGACGUGAUGAGAGUGAAAACUGACUCAUACAAACUGAUCAUCCAAAUAUCCUGAGACCAGCUAAGUUCUACCUCACCCUGUCAUUACAGUGUUAUUGUGCUCCAAUUAAUCACCUGCCUUUAAAUGGCAUUGUGAAAGGUGACAGCCUGUUAUUUCCUUACACUUUACCACAGACACGCCUCUCAGUUUGCCCUGCGGCAGCAUUGAAAAACACUCUGUAUGUUAUAUCUAACAUCGGGCAUAGCUGCCAGGCGUGCUAUCGGCCUUGUUAGCAGCCAUUACUACACUGACCUUCUAAAGCUUUUAACAUCCAGCAGCUCAUUUUCCACUUAGCUGGCUAAUUCCCCUUCAUAGCAGUCUUCCUCAUUUAACAGAUUCAUUUUAGUCCUAAAAUCUAAGAGACUUAAUCUGAAAUAUAUCAUCGACUAGUUUCUAAAAUUAGCCGUCUCAAGUCUCCAUCAUCACUGGUGAUGACCCCAGCCCCAGGUCCAAACCCCUGUUUUGGAGAAAAGCAAAGUGGGAAAAAAUGUAAAUAGUUUUUGAAGCGUGCCACUUAAAGUGGUUAUUUUCUCCGUCUCCUGAUUCCCGAAACGUGGACGACAAUUUCAAGAAUAAGAAAAAUUAGGAUCACUGAUGAUUCCUCUGACCUCACACCUGUGGCUAGACCAAACCCUGACCCCAGACUCUGUGGCUGAGGUUAAUGGCUGCCUUUGUUGGCCUCGUUAGAGACUAUUAGUAGCAUCAAUAAGUGGGUCAUUGUCCAUGACUGAAUAGUUACUGUGUGAAUGACGGCAUUUACCAAAGUCAGCUCAAUAUGUCAUCGUCAGCAGACCCGAGGGCAUCGCUAAACAUCUCACUACACUUCUCUUAUUCUUCAUGUUGGACCCCAAAUUUGGAAUGGGUCAUGUGACUGUGCUGCUACAGAUGAAGCCAUUACAAAGGCUAACAUGUGACUUAGCAGCCACAGGGCGGCUGUGCCCGGUGUGAAUGCCGUCUCUCUGGGUGGAGGAAACUAAACUUAGCUCUACACUAAAGGUUAGACGAACCAUGAAGAGCUGUGAAUGUCUACUGUGGCACUUUGGAGGACUCUUUUAAGGGGGUGUUGAACUGUGACUUUUACAUUCAUUUUACAUACACGUGUAUUUUAUUGUAUAGUUUAUUCUUAUAUUUCCUUUUAAAUGUUUUUAGGUGCAGUUAAAUUUUGAUGCACUGAGACUGCAGGUCCACUAGAACGUGCAGUACUCAAUAACUAUUAAAAGUAUUACAGUACUUUGCUGUAUUCUGUAUCAUUUCUUGUACUCAGUCUGAACUUGAAGUUGUCUGAUUUUUUUGCCCUGACCUUUCACUGCUGUACAUACAUUACCAUUUUUAUUAUUGUGUUUUCUUACAUUCCUUAUAGAAAACUGGACAUCAGUGUAUACAUGUACUACAUUCCAUACUUGUUACUUUAAAUAUUACAAACACUUUGGACCAAAGGACCUAAAACAAGUCUUUGAUUGGCUCUUCUAAUAAAAUCGAAUUAGUCUCCAGGAGAGGAGCAAAAACCUUCACUCCUGUUUCUUGUUGGCGAUAUUCACUAAAUCUGCUAUAAAUACUGAAAAACAUGUACCUUACUGUUGUUACUGUGAAUGUACUUUGUAUUAAAUACACUUUUUAUUAAAAACAUGUUCUGUUUGGUGAAGAGCAGCCCCACCCACACUGUCAUGUGGCUCACUGCGAUAACCUUUGCUAUCUAUGCAGCUGUAAUGAAUGCAUAUGUACACAUAACAUACUUAAAGGUUUCAGGUGAACUGCAGCAGCACAGAAAUGACUUUGGCUGUAAAUUUACUGCUUUGCAGAAAUAAAGUUAGAUGAGAAAA